AUGGCUGUGCACCAUUCACCAAUACGCGGUACCGAGGCGGACGUGUCAACCGACCACCUAGCGAGUGGAGGUUCACCGCUCGUUGAAGCAGGAAGCGUACCUGCGCAAACACGAUCGCUGAGAUCGGCCGGCCGGUUGCAAGAAACAUUUGUAGCCGAAUUUCGCAACGUGCGACUUCCUACAUUUUGGAAGAAACGCCCCGCUUUGUGGUUCAUUCAAUUGGAGAGCGAAUUUACCGCAUAUCGCGUACAUUCCGACGAUAUAAAGUUUAGUGCGAUCAUUCGACAUCUCGACGAAGAGACGAUGACCGCAGUGGCUGACGCUCUUGAAUCGCCGCCUGCAAGUGACAAGUAUACACACCUUAAGAGCGUUUUGAUUGAGCGUUUUACGGAUUCACAGGAGAAACAGCUGCGCAAGUUACUUUUAGGAAUAGAACUAGGCGAGAAAAAACCCUCAGUCUUGUUACGUGAGAUGAGGACAUUGUCAGGCGCAAACGCUACGGACGGCCUGCUGCGCACAUUAUGGAUACAACGCUUGCCAGAGAGAAUCCAGGAACUUCUUACGAUGUUCGACGAAGCCAGUUUGACCAAGUUAGCGGACUGCGCAGACAAGGCUUGGGAACACUCCACGCACUCGGUGGCAACCACGUUAAACGUAACGCCAUCGGACAACGCAUUGCAGACACUUACGCAGCAGGUACAAGAAUUAAUUAAAUCAGUUACAGCAUUGCAAACACGUGAUCGCGACGAGAGCAGUAAAUGGAAACUGUCACGUAGCCGACAACGUAGUACAAACCGUUCGAAGACUCCACAGAGGGGAGGCGAAUGUUAUUAUCAUCGGCGUUUCGGUAACAAAGCACGCAAGUGCGAACCGCUAUGCAGUGCGCAACCGGCCAUCGCAGACGCUGCUAAUAAGGGAAACGAGUGA